UGUCUAUAACCUGUGUUAACUGUCUAAUGUCUACUGUCUACGUUUUGAAGUGUGAUUAGUGAUUAGUUUAGUAAGGCACUAUUUGGAAAGGCUCUCGUAAUAUUUAUUUAGUGAUUUGUUGAGUUCUCACUCCAGGAAUGUUCAAAUACUAGUUAGAAUUGCCUUGUUGAUAGGAUAAUCUAACUCAGUUCUUACAAAAUGAUGCAAUUCAUGCUGUUGUUUAGUCGACAAGGCAAGUUACGUUUACAAAAAUGGUACGUAGCACAUCCAGACAAAUUGAAGAAGAAAAUAACACGAGAAUUGAUAACAACUAUUCUUGCUCGAAAACCAAAAAUGUGUAGUUUUCUUGAGUGGAAAGAUUUGAAGAUUGUGUAUAAGAGGUAUGCAAGUUUAUAUUUCUGCUGUGCUAUUGAACAAGAUGACAAUGAACUUCUUACUUUGGAGGUAAUUCAUCGUUAUGUUGAGUUACUGGAUAAAUAUUUCGGAAGUGUUUGUGAGUUGGAUAUAAUAUUUAACUUCGAAAAAGCUUAUUUCAUACUUGAUGAGUUACUUCUUGGAGGAGAGAUUCAAGAAACGAGCAAGAAGAUUGUACUGAAAGCUAUUGCAGCACAGGAUCUUUUACAAGAGGAUGAAGCAGUGGAAGGUGCUUUGAGGGACAUUGGUCUUCUGUAGUCGACGUUUCCAGUUACCAAUUUUAUACAAUUUUUAUGAAUAAUAUUUAUGUGUCGUUUUUGUCUUGUUCAUACGGCCUAACCACCAAUAUUUUUUUGAGCUUGACAAAACUAGAAAAAUGCCUCUGUUUCAUGAAAAAUUUUGAGUUAGUUUUUUUCGAAUUCCUUUUCAUUUUGUAUCAAUAACUACUGAAGUAAAUGAAAUUUCACGUGUACCUGCAUAUUUUGUUUUCAUUUUUUAUCUGAAUUAUUAUUCAAGUUUCAGAACUCUUCCAAAUUUCAAUCGAUACUUACUGAAGUCUUCCUUGUAUCCCUUUGUUACUAGUUUUCAAUUGGUUAUCUCAAAGAAUUUAUUAACCAUCUAAUGGACAGCCAAAAUGAAUAUUUUCAAUUUCUUUAAUUCCAUAUUGAUUGUAUGUCAAUAUCUGAAUCCUUAUAUUCAAAACUGUUAUAGAUUUUCAUUAAUCUUUAUUGUUGUGCUGUAGAGUUGAUUUGUUGUUUGUUUUAGAGAUUUUAUUCAGGUGGUGGCGUUUGAUGCAUGUUCCUCACUAACAUUUUUGUCAAAAUAGGAAUAUGAUUCAGAUGAUAGCAGAAUUGUUUGAAGAUAUAUUUUCCUACAAUAGGAAAUUUGGUGUUCUUUGUUUACAUUAUUUCUUGAAUGGAACUAACACCAACAGUUUGAAUCAUAUAUCCUCAAACAAUUUAAGUCUUUUGUAAAAAUAUUGCAAUAACAAAUUUCUGUGAUGUUUCUUCAAUAUACUAAUGAUUUUUA